CUGUCCUCCACGCAGGAUUUUCCACGCGCGCCCCUUUCCGAUCCCCGCGUAAACUGAGCGUAUUGCACUGACUCCGCUUCCCGAUGGGGACACAUCGAGGGAUGAGUUCUCCUGUUGCAGCUCCCCCCACCAGGAGAGGCGCGCGCUGAGGAGCCAACAGCCGCACCGCCGCGUCCCGCUCCGCUCUGCACUGGGGACAUAGCAAGACCUCAAGACAGGACAGGAGGAACACCUGCCUUAUACCGACAUCUGAUUUUUUUUUUAUUUGAGUUUUUUUUUUAGUUGUUUUGUUUUUGUUUGAAGAGCGCCAAUCUGCGCGAGCCUGCUCGCAGAGCCCCGCGUGCCGCGCGUGAAACCAUCCGGGAUCCGUGGGUUUUAUUUUUUAAACGAAAGAGAACUCGUGCAAAGCCCACAGCGAAACACUGACCUGAGAAGUGGACCAAACAGCGAGUGAAGAGCAGGAGAACACCGCGGAGAUCGGAGGAGAUCAGAGGGGAGAUCACAGAGAGGGGAGAUCAGAGAAGAGAGAAGCGCGGAGGAGAUCAGAGGAGAUCAGAGAGGAAAGCAGCAUGCCGCGGAGGAAGCAGCAGGCGCCCCGACGCGCCGCAGCAUACGUUCCAGAUGAGCUGAAAGAGGCAGCAAUGUUGGAUGAUGACCUGGAGGAGGAGGACUCAGCCUUGGAGGAGGAACCUCCAGUCAAGUACCUUUGUACAGAGAAGGACUUCCUCAGCAAAGACCCAGCGCAGUACCACGAUUCCCUGGCAGCGGAUUUCUCCAGCCACGAGAUGGACAGCGAAUCCCACUUGAGUGAGUCCAGUGACCGCAUGUCAGACUUUGAAAGUGUCUCUGUCAAGAACGAAGAGGAGACAGUCAAGGAACCGCUGACUGCAGGGGGCGCUGCCACCAGUGAGAGUGUCACCUUUGGUCCAGACAGUCUUGAACAGAUGAAAGCCAUCUACACCAGCUUUCUGACGAACUCCUACUGGUCAUCACUGAACCUGAACCUUGCCCAGCCACCGACAGAGAAACAGCAGCACAGCAGCAGCAGCAGUAGUAGCAGCAGCAGUAGUAGCUGUGGUAGUGGGAGCUAUGACUGGCAUCAGUCAGCCGUGGCCAAGACGCUCCAACAGGUCUCCCAGACUCGUCUCCACCAGGAGCCCAGCCUUUUCAGCACUGUGCAGCUUUACCGGCAGAGCACCAAACUCUAUGGCUCCAUAUUCACUGGUGCCAGCAAGUUCCGUUGCAAGGACUGCAGUGCCGCCUAUGACACACUGGUGGAGCUUACAGUGCACAUGAAUGAGACAGGCCAUUACCGUGAUGACAACCACGAGACAGAUGGCAGUGGCACCAAGCGCUGGUCCAAACCACGCAAGCGCUCUCUCUUGGAGAUGGAGGGGAAGGAGGAUGCCCAGAAGGUUCUAAAGUGUAUGUACUGUGGCCACUCCUUUGAGUCCCUGCAGGACCUCAGCGUCCACAUGAUUAAGACAAAACACUACCAGAAAGUGCCUCUCAAGGAGCCUGUAACCCCUGUAGCAGCAAAAAUGAUCUCCUCCUCCAGGAAGAGGGCCCCUAUUGAGUUAGACCUACCCAGUUCUCCAGACUCAUCUGCAGGCACACCCAAAACAACCAUGGGAGACACAAACGAUUCCCUGCAAAAGGGCUCAAACCCUUACAUUACCGCUAAUAACCGGUAUGGGCACCAGAAUGGAGCUAGCUAUGCCUGGCAGUUUGAGUCACGUAAGUCCCAGAUUCUGAAAUGCAUGGAGUGUGGCAGUUCUCAUAAUACAUUGCAGGAGCUGACGGCCCACAUGAUGGUGACAGGUCACUUCAUUAAAGUCACCAACUCAGCCAUCAAGAAAGGAAAGCCUGUUCUGGAAGCACCUACCACUCUUGCACCAGCCACCCCUGUGGAGGAGAAGGUGCAGUCAGUACCACUGGCUGCCACCGCUUUCUCCCCUCCGCCAACUGCCCCUCCAUCCAGUAUCUCCCCCAAGCUGUGCAUGGAAAUCAAAAAGGAGGAGAAAGAAGUGGAGUGCUCCAAAGAGGUCAGUAACAAAGACAAAAAACAGUCUGAUGAAGAUGAGGAAAAACUUGACAUUGCCUCCAAAUAUCACUAUCUGACUGAGGAAGACUUGGAGGAGAGUCCAAAAGAAGGGUUUGACAUUUUAAAGUCACUGGAGAACACUGUCACUUCCGCCAUCAACAAAGCACAGAACGGCACCCCCAGCUGGGGUGGAUACCCAAGCAUUCAUGCUGCCUACCAGCUGCCCAACAUUAUGAAGCUCUCCCUGGGUGCUUCUGGGAAGAGCUCCCCGCUGAAGUACAUGUUUACAGGAGGUGAAAUUCUUUCUCCUACCAAAAGCCAACCGUUAGUCUCCCCACCAAGCAGCCAGACAUCCCCCCUGCCAAAAAACAAUUUCCAUGCUAUGGAAGAGUUAGUCAAGAAGGUCACAGAGAAAGUGGCAAAAGUAGAGGAGAAGUUGAAGGACCCUGAGAAGAAGCCCUCCCCUUUGAGAAGAGCCACACCCUCACCCUGCAGCAGUGAAGGAGGCGAAUCAACUGGGGGUGACUCUCCUAAAGACAGGGCAAAAACCCCAGAGAGCGGCAGUAGCAACAAGAACCCCAGUGGUGAUAGCCUAGCUAAAGAAUCUCUGGAGAAUGGGACUGACGCCUCAAGAAUUCCCAGUUCUUCAUUGUGUGGCAGCACCGCCAUCAUCACUGAACACCCUCCUGAACAACCUUUUGUUAACCCCCUAAGUGCGCUUCAGUCUGUGAUGAACAUCCACCUCGGCAAAGCAGCUAAACCGGCCUUGCCAGCAUUGGAUCCCAUGAGCAUGCUGUUCAAAAUGAGCAACAGCCUGGCAGAGAAGGCUGCAGUGGCUACACCACCCAUCCAAACCAAAAAAAACGAGCAUUUGGACCGUUACUUCUACCACGUCAAUAAUGACCAGCCCAUUGAUUUGACAAAAGGCAAGAGUGACAAAAACUGCUCGUUGAGCUCGGCCCUCCUAUUGCCCACAUCAACAUCAGCAUCUGUCUCUCCCUCAUCCACUGUGACAACGACUAAGACUUCUGCCAUUGCAUCAUUUAUGUCGAACUCCCCGCUGAGGGAGAAUGCCCUGUCAGACAUUUCUGACAUGUUGAGGAACCUCACGGAGAGCCACAAUUCCAAAUCCUCCACGCCUACCAGUGUGUCUGAGAGGUCGGAUGUGGACGGAGCAACCCUAGACGAAUCAGAGGAGAUUAGCCCAGCACAGAAGCGCAAGGGACGGCAAUCCAACUGGAACCCCCAGCACUUGCUCAUUCUGCAAGCCCAGUUUGCUGCCAGCUUAAGGCAGACAUCUGAUGGCAAGUAUGUCAUGUCAGACCUCAGCCCACAAGAGCGCAUGCACAUCUCCCGCUUCACAGGCCUCUCUAUGACCACCAUCAGCCACUGGCUAGCAAACGUCAAGUACCAGCUGAGAAGGACAGGCGGGACCAAGUUCCUCAAGAACCUGGACUCAGGCCAGCCAGUGUUCUUCUGCAAUGACUGUGCCUCCCAGAUUCGGACACCCUCGACAUAUAUAAACCACCUGGAGUCACACUUAGGCUUCAGGCUGAGGGACCUGGCCAAGCUGUCAGGGGAGACACUGGGCAGUCAGGUAAUGUGCCACUCCAAGGGCAUGCCUGAGAAACUGUUCUCCACCCCAUCCCCCUCGCCAUCUCCUUCAUCCUCCCCUGACGAGGAGGGCAGUGGUGCCUCUUACCAGUGCAAGUUGUGCAACCGGACUUUUGCAAGCAAGCAUGCUGUCAAGCUGCACCUCAGCAAGACCCAUGGGAAGUCCCCAGAGGACCACCUCCUGUAUGUGUGCGAGAUGGAGAAGCAGUAGCAGCACAGGACAGAGUUUGAGCAGUGACCAGACUCUUCUCUCCUGUGUUUUUAACAGAUAUUUGAACAAAAUGAGAACAUAAAAAGAAUAAAGGAAAAAACAAGAGGCAAAAAAACUGCACAAUGAUGCCAUUUAACUGCUGUUCACUUCUGGCACAUGAACUUGGCUCAAAACCUUUCUUGUUUUGUUUUAGGUUGAAAAGGGUUUUUUUGUGGGGUUUUUUGUUUUGUUUGUUUUUUUUUUAUUGUACAGCAUUUAAAAUAGAGGUGCUGCAUAAUCUACUAUUGUUAUUCGUAAAAUAUGAAGGUUUAAGAAAACAUUUAAAAUGAAGUUGUAUAUGUUUAAAUUUUUGCAUAAAUUGAAUCUAGUUCCUUUGCAUCCCUUGGAUGCCCUGAGCUGCAUGCGUUAACGGACAAUUUAGUUAAGCAUUUGAAUAACUAAAUCUGGUGCACUUUCUUUUCCGUUUUUUUCACGUGACUGAAGAGUACUGGCGUCAGCAUUGAAAAUUUAACCCUCUGAGUACGGCCAAACUGCUUGAUAUGCAGACUUUACAUCAAGGCGAAACAUUUAAGAUACAUUUUCGCCAAACUAUGGCAUACAAAAAUUGUAGGUGACAUUCAAUCAUUGUACAGUUGUAUAUUGCAAAUGUUUAUGAAUCCAAAACUGCAAUUUUUUGUUCACCAUUAAAUC